CCGCUGUGCCGUGAAGGCCGGGCCGACCUCGCACCGACCCCCCCUGUGCCCGGGCGGCGCUGGGCGGACGCGGAUUCCGUCGGCCCACAGGCUCCGCCGGGGACCUGGGGCAGCAGCGUCCCGCGCAGACCCGGCGUCCGCCCCAGGGCAGCUCCGCUCCUGGCUCCCGGGGCGGGAUCGGGCCCAGCACCUCCAGCCAGUCGCUGUGUGCCUGGGCCGGGCCUCGGCCACCUCCGGGCACCAGGCCAGGGCGCGCUGUGCUCGGGGCCCCUCUGGAGUCCAGCGUUUGGCUGCAGAGAUUGACGCUUGGUGCCACCGCUCCCCUCCCACCACCUUUUUCAAACGGGGGUUGACCACCCUGGCCAAAGCUGUUAGCAAAACUACAGGCAGUGCUGAGAACCACAACCAGCACCAUAAACUGGUCCCGAGACUAAACUGCCACAGGUAAAGGAGCGGGACCACAACAGCCAGUGCUCUGCUACAGCAAGGGGCUUAAAAUACAAUCAGGAGACUGCACCUCAUGAUACAGGGGCCAGCAAACCACCCUGCCCUCCACGCCAAGUUAUCAUGGAGUAAAAUUCCUUUCUGACCCCGAAUGCAGUGGUGAUCAUCAGUCUCACCCGGAACAGAGGGGCAGAGACGCUCUAGCCAGUCGGCUCUGGGUUUAAGUCCCAGUAGGAGCACUAGCAGACCCCAGUUAAAAUCCCCAGCCUUGGCUGCAGCCAAUACCAAAUGCUUCUGAGGAAGGUGAGCCCUUCCGUCCAUAUCCCCUGACAUAGCAGCAAGGUGUAAAAAAUCCUUCCUGGCCCCAUGGAACCAGCAAAGAGCAGAAAUGUGGGAAACACCCGUGGUAGAACAUAAGCAUAGCUACUCCUAGAUCAGCCCUGACCAAUGCUUGCCCAACCCAGAAGAGUUUAAGGCCUAAUGGGUAGGAAAGCACAGAUCAGAUAAGUACACUGGAACAUAACCCAAGGAAAAACCUAAGAAUCUCUAGGCCUAAGACCAUUGAUUUGUCCUUCCUAUGGGUAGCACUAUACGUGUCCAUUAUUCAUUUCUCCCCUUUACAGAAAUGUAACAUGGUUUGUAGACUAAUAAAGGGAAUGGUCCUUAUCCAUAAAUGAAAAACAGGUGCACUAUGUGUUCCUAAGAGACUGACAGGACUGAGGUGAAAUUCAUAGGUAAAAGUUAAAUUUUUUGCACAUGCUUUGGGUGCUUAUGCCAGCACUUACCUGAGUCCAAGCAAAGCCAUGCUCGUGUAUAGUUCAAGGAGCCUGCUAGUUUUCAGGCCUUUGUUAUGUUACCUCAUCUAUUGACAUCACAAAGAACUGCUGGCCACUGAGUCCUUCACUUUGCUGGUAGCCCUCCUUCAGUGGGGUGCACCACUGAAUACAAGAGGGAGAGCGUGCCUUCCCAUGAACACAAAUGGAAGUGACCAGAUACCAAUUCUCCAGGACAACAAACUCCUCUGAGGAAAGGGUUCUAGCUCACUUCAGUAAUGUGUUGCUAGUGCUGGACGAGAUGCCAAACUUUCCAGAGGAGCUCCAAGGAGAAAAGAAAGGCGUGCUGUAUUUGACACAGUACAAAAUAAUAUUCCAGCACAAGGACAAGGGCUCCACAACUGUCCGUUUUCCACUUCAGCUUCUGGGGGACUGUGCACUAGGGGAACAGGCAAGCUCCAAGCAGCAAUAUGUCAAAGGAACUAUUACUUCCAACCAAGGUGUUCUCACCUUCAAAUUCAUCUUUCUGUAUGGAGCCAGUGAUUGCCUGAACAUGAUCAAAAACUUAUCCUCAGCAGAUAUGUUAAGAGAAGCCAGUAAUCUCCAGGAGUAUCCAACUGCCUCGAUCUACACCUAUGCCUACCCAUCAGCACCUCGAGCUCCCCGUUUAUUCAAUCCACUUCCACGCUGGCCACCUCCAUAUCCUGGGCCACCAGAAUUACCACCCCCAUACUCUGAAGUGGAGUUGACAAACUCUAGAGAGAGCCAGGAGGGUUGUUGCCGCUGCAGGACCCAGAGAACCCAUGAGCAGACAGACAGGCAGGACUGAGGAUCCAACACAGAAAUGUACAGACACACAAACUUAGCAUCUCCUGCUUUCUCUCUUCCAUUUACCCCUCACCCCCCCAACAAUGGGCCACUGAAAAUAGCACCCCAGUCUCAAAGCCAGAUUUGUCCCCUGACAAGCUGCUCUGUUCCCAUGCCUUCCAGAGUGCCUCCCACCUCACUACAACCUCAGAUUUGCCCCUGCCUCAUCUUUGCAACUGUUUUGUUUAAUCCCCAAACCAUAUUCCAAGAACUUGGCCAGCUACUAAGGCAUCCGAUCUCAAUUACAGCUUUGCCGCUCCACCCUUGCACAUAUGCAGACUUCAGAACUGGACUGUAUUUAUCUAAUUUGAUUGGAAAACACAUCUUGUCCCUAUGAACAAGCUUGGUACCAGCACCAGCCUCCAGUACAAUGCUAUAGUUGGUCUGGAAUGUAAAGAGGACAGACAUUUUAUGGUGAUUACUGCUGCUUAAAAGAUAUAGCAGUCAGUAUUCCCAGUUUUGAUAUUCAUUCUUGAUGCUACUGGGCAAGUCAUGCCUGGUCUCUGUCUCAUUCAUUACUGACAUACUUUAGGGGUUUAAUGGCUGCCCAUCACUGUAGUAUUUAAAUAUACUUGCACAUAUAAGUAAGGCAAAGUUUGUAGCUGGCUGCAUGGACUUUCUAGCACUUCUGCCUUUUUGAGAACGAGCACUCCACUUACAGUAGGCUUUUGGGGGUUCCUUUUAUUGACUUGUAUUCAUUUACUUUUUUAAUGGAUUUUAAAUUGAAUGUUUGACCAGGGGAUGGAGGGAGGGGGCAGCACUGUAUUAUUCUAAAGGUAGUGGGAAGGUUUAGCAGCAUUUCCUAAAGAUGGUCAGGUCUGAUCUCUGGGAUUUUAUUCCCUAGCUGGGUCUUUGCCCCCACCUCUCACAAGCUUCCUUAGGCACUUUUUGUUCUGCAAAGAAGCACAGCUCUUGUGUCGGCUGUCAGAGCAAAAUCUGACCUUUAAUUAACUGUGGCUCAAUCCUUUAAAACUUGUGAUGAGAUCUUAAACUGGCAUCAAAGGCUGCCUGGGAGCCAAAUGAACUGCAUGGGCUUGGGCAAGACAUGCUUGCGAUGAGCUAGUUCACAGAGAAGGCACUGCACCAUUUUCCCACUUUUGUCAGCUGUAAAGCUUGAUAAGGUGACCCCAGAGCUUUGAGCACCUCAGAAGAAAAGCAGUAUUUGUGUGAAGAAUGAUACCUGUUUGCCUGCAGGGACUCUGUGUGGUAACUCAGGCCUCCCAGGCAGCUCUGCUGAUGUAGGUCAGAGUCCCUGACUGUGUGUCUGACUUAAACUAUCAACCUGAACACACAGGCAGCCUGCCACAUCUCACUCAGACCAAGUGGCUGGUGUUUCAGCAGCACUGCACCCGGGAUGUGGCUGUUGCAGGAUGGGCCACAACUGUUUAACUGUAACUGUAUUCCUUUUCCCUUCCAGAUCACAUGGAGCUGGAGCCAUGUAUGUCUGUGGAAUAUUAAAAUUAGAGCCAAUUACUGGCCUGAGAUGGA